AUGGCUGACGUUGACGGGAAAGAGGUUGCUCCGGUGAAGACUGCGGAAGGCGGCGGCGGGAGUGGACUCACGGUGGCGGAGAAGGCUAGGGCCUCUCCACUUUAUCUCCAUCCUUCUGAUGGACCGGGUAAUCCUAUUCGAUCAUGUAGUUGUGGAGAACUGGCUGCUCAGUUGGAAGAAGACCGUAAUGAAGAGAGAACCAAUACCUUCUUGAAUGGUUUAGAUUCUGCGAAGUUUGGUACGGUGCGUUCUACUAUCACAAGUAUGGAACCACUACCCAAGCUCUCACAAGUCUAUCAAAGGAUCAUUCGAGAAGAGAGACAACUCACGAUUACUAGGAAUCGUGAUGCCACUCCGGAGGCUGUGGGGUUUGCGGUCCAGGCUGCACAACGGGGUCAAACUUCCAAUUUUUAUCGCGAGAAGGACGUGACAUGUACUCAUUGUGGUAAGUAUGGGCAUGCAAAGGCUGAUUGCUUUCAGAUAAUUGGCCUUCCUGAAUGGUGGGGAGAACGAGGUCGUGACUACAAUGAUCGCGGUAGAGGUGGACGUGGACGUGGAGGACGUGGUGGCCGGUUUGGACGUGGUCGCGGGUCCGGUGGUAGGGCUAACGCGGUCACGGGUGUUCAGGCAAAUAUUGUUGGGGGAAUACAAGCUAAUUCAACAAGAACACCGGCUGAUUUGGAUCGUCAAUCUCUACCACAAAUGAGUGAUGAUCAAUGGAAUGCUCUCAAGGGUCUCUUUGCUUCUCAAAAGUCAAAUCCUAAUGAGAAGCUGAAUGGACCGGGCUAUGAAGACGCUGAUUGGGGUUGGUGAAGAGUGUGGGGACGUGUACGUGCUUCGAGGGGUGAUUGGUGCGAAGAUACACAAGACUGUGAGCAGUUCAAGAUCAUGGGAUUUAUGGCAUCGUCGUCUUGGUCAUCCGUCUAGUCAUGUUGUUCCCUAUUUAUCGAGUUAUUUAGAUAUUGGAAAGCAAGUUAGUUCCACAACAGUUUGUGAUAUUUGUUUACGGGCUAAACAAACCCGGGAUUGUUUUCAUGAAAGUUCUAAUAAAGCUGCUGGAAUUUUUGAUUUGAUU